AUGGUCCCGUACGAGAUCCCAGCUGGCGUUUACACCCACAUCAACUUUGCCUUCGGCAGCAUAAGCCCUCAAACUUUCCAGGUCAUUCCUUCGUCAACAUUGGAUGAAGAUUUGUGGCGCAAGAUAAAGACUGUUAGAUAUCGAGAUGUUGGCGUCAAGAUCUGGCUAGCAAUCGGUGGGUGGACGUUCAACGACGCGGAUCAACCCACACACAUGAUAUUCUCGGAUAUUGCCGCGUCCACAGGGAAGCAGGAUGCCUUCUUUGCGUCACUCGUCAGCGUUAUGCAGACGUAUGGCUUCGACGGUAUCGAUAUUGACUGGGAGUAUCCACGCGCUCCGGAUCGGAGCGGACGAGUUGAGGACUACCAAAACUUUCCCAAAAUGAUGAGUCGGCUACGGUCGGCCCUCAAGAAUGCGAACACGGAAUAUGGCAUAUCCAUCACCAUCCCCAUCAGCUAUUGGUACCUUCAGCACUUCGACAUCAAGUCGCUUCAGCGGAGCGUGGACUGGUUUAACGUCAUGUCCUAUGAUCUACAUGGCGCAUGGGACUUGUCGACAGAUUAUGGAAAAGAGCACGGCGCGUUCGUGAACGCUCACACGAAUCUCACGGAGAUUCGCGACUCGCUAGACCUGCUUUGGCGAAAUUCCAUCCACCCGAGCAUGGUAACGUUGGGUCUCGCGUUCUACGGUCGAACAGCCACGCUUGCAAGCUCAAGAUGCACUACCCCAGGCUGCCAGUUCCUGUCACCGGGCCUGUCUGGGAAGUGUAGCGGAGAAGCCGGCGUCCUGCUCAAGACAGAGAUAGACGACAUCAUUGACGAGUACGGCUUGACUCCCACUCUCGAUACAGCCGCGGCCGUAAAGAUGAUAUCGUGGAGCGGUAACCAAUGGGUAUCGUUCGACGAUGGUGACACCUUCAAGAUAAAAGGGGAUUUCGCCAAGUCCCAGUGCCUCGGUGGUGUGAUGGUAUGGGCCAUCAGCCACGACAACACCCAGGGGACCAUGGCGCUGGCUCUCAACCAGGCGUUGGGCAGAAAGUCCGUCUCGCUUCCCGGAGGCCACGGCGUCAACGUUGCGCUCCGGCUGACGGGCGCUGAAGAGAACCAGAAGAACUUCUGCCGCUGGUCCAAUUGCGGCGCUGACUGCCCGUACGGGUUUUCUGAAAUUGUCCAGAGCGACGGUUCGGACAAGAUCAUGCAGGACAAGCAAGACUGCUAUACCGGCGCACGGAAGCUGUGCUGCCCCAAAAGCCAGUCGCUGCCGAAGUGUCGCUGGCGUGGAUACCACAGCAGUGGCACCUGCAAGCCAGGGUGCGAGAGCAAGGAGGUGGAAAUUGGCACUCUCCGAGAAGGGUGCACACAGUCGGGCUACCAGUCGGCCUGUUGCGAGGGCUCCAAAUCUACAGAGCCCUACGGCCAGUGUAAAUGGGUCGGGGACUACCCAAACUGCUCGCCCAAGGACAAGUCGAACAACUGCCCGGAGGACUACCCUCACGGAGUGGUUGUGACCGAUCUCGGGUCCGGCGGAAUGCCGGCAUGCCAACAGGGGUCGCGAUCGCUCUGCUGCAAGGGCUCCGACGUGCCGGCUCCGUUCCAAGGCUGCCUGUGGCAGCGGAACUUCUUCAAUAACCUGCCGUCCACCAAUGAGCUUUGCGAUGACAGCUGUCCGGACGGUCAAAUUCGAAUCGCGCGGCUCGCUUGCAUGAAGGGGUCGUUCGGCUACUGCUGUGCGGGAUCUGAUACCUAUGACGACUCGAAUGAGAAGAGAUCACUCCCAGCGAGCAUCAGCGAAAAGCUGGAGCGCGACCUGGAUCGCUUCCUCGCCGAUCCGACCUGCCCCAACUAUCGGGGACCUCUGCGGCGAGCGACCCUGGCUUCAAGGGCCAUGUCUUAUAGCGACUUCUAUAUCAUGGCGGAAAUGAUAGCCGCGGCGAUAGUUCAACCUAAAGAUAACUACUACAUGUUCCAGGCCCUAAAGCGAGGGCUAGAGGACGAUGACGCGUAUCCAAGCGCGGAGUCUCUGAGCGCCUACGCAGCAAGCAUGACGAGUUCGUACUCGGGCAACAACUGGGAUGUUGUAGGCUGGGUUGAGUACAUGCUCUGCAAUCCAGGCGACGCGAAGACCGGCAUGGAUCGUCAAAACCAGGCGGGUGCACAGACUUGCUCACGCCCAAGCCAGGCGUCGGGCUCAGCAAGCCGCUUGCGACGUCACGGUUCCCGUCACUAUGAGCUCCUAGAGGGCGACGUGGGUAGCCAUGCGACGACGCAGACUACCGACUCCAAGUAUGAUGCGCUGCUUGAGUUCGCAAAACGCCGCUUCGUCCCGAAGACGGACGGCCUCGAGACUGCGAGCGGGGAGCCGACAGUCAUCCGGGCCAUGCAGGGAGUUCUCGACGGCGAUCUGACACUCCAUUACGGUCGUUGGCUUCGCUACGCUCCUGCAGGGGGCCGGCGCUUUGCGCUCGAGCUCGCGUUCUGGAUCGGGCCUUCUCUUUUUAACGCACCGAGCCAAGAGAUCGCGAGACGAUAUCGCAACCCGGCCUACCCCAACCGUCCUCCUCGAUGGGUGGUGUUCCACAUCCAUUUCGAGGCGGAUAGUAUAAGAGUCGAGAAUGCGGCAAGUGCUUCAGAUCCCACAAAUGCCGAGCUUGAGCAGGUCCGGAUGUUCCUGCGCAUCCCGGGCACCACUGGCUCCUCCAGGUACAGAGCGGGCGCUACGGUCGUGAACGUGUUCCAUUCCGACCGUGUAACCCCGUUCAUGCAGGACUCGAACGGCUUUGAUCACGAAUCCCGCGUCGAGUACGCGGACAAUUCGAGGUUUGGUUACAAUUCCAGAGCUACCAUCUUGUCGUGUCCCGCCGAUAGUCGUUGGUACAUCGGAACGCCUCCGCCGGAAAACGCCAAUCUGCUCGAGCGAACGCUCGGGCAGUUCGGAGAACUCCUGUACAACCGGCAUUACGCGGACAUGUGGCGGUUUGCGUACAUAUACCACAACGAGGCCGACAAAGAUACCGCCGAUGGGAGAGCCAUGAAUCGACGCCGCCUCACUCCGGACAAUUACUGGUUCGGAGGCAACUUCGACGGGGACGGCUGGAGUGAGCGAGGGAUGCCGGAGGAAUCGCGGGUUCCGCGAACCGAGGCUGCCGACCCCGACUUCCCCAUGGACCCUGACACGAACUACUAG